GGGGAAGUUUGCAGUGGUGAGGAAGUGUGUGGAGAAGUGCACGGGCCGGGAGUACGCUGCCAAGUUCAUGAGGAAGAGGAGGAAGGGCCAGGACUGCAGGCUGGAGAUCAUCCACGAGGUGGCCGUUCUGGAGCUCGCCACGGCCAGCCAGCGGGUGGUCAACCUGCACCAGGUCUACGAGAUGGCCGCAGAGAUGGUGCUUGUCCUCCAAUUGUGAGUAUAGCACCAUGGUAAUACGAAGUUGUAGGAACAAUGCCACAUACUCAAAGUUAUGGUAUGAAGAUGAUGCGUUUACUUGAAAAGGUCAGUCGUGGUAGAAGAGAGAGAAGGUUUUUCCCUCGGAGUUGAAAAAUAAUGGCAUUUUAUUCCACUUCAGAUGUGGACAACAUCUCUUUUUAUGCACAUUUACACACAGUUAGUAUCUCAAUAGUCUGAUAUGGCUCCAUCUCCUUCUUUUACACUGAUCUAAAAAAGCAGGAUAGGUAAUAUGCUUGUGAUCUAAUGCAGAGUGUUAUUUAGGCCGUGGAAAAGGUAGCUUGACACUACGUAUCACGUUUGACCCACAGGAAGUAUGAGAAAGGCUCCCGGGUACUGCAGACUGAUCUCCUAGCUGCCUGUGACCCAGAUGGUUUAUUGAAAGGCAGCAGGUCAAUGGCAAGGCAAGCCGUUAAAUAUUGAGACUGAGGUGAAACCCUACCCACUAUCCCUCGUUCCUGUAAGCAGAGACACAGAGAGAAAGAGAGAGAGACUGAGAUGGAGAGAAAGAGAAUGACUAUAAAUGAGAGGAGAUUCCUGCACAAGGAGAGAUGGGACAAAAAAAAGUAAUGAACGAUUGCCUGAGGUAGAGGCAGAACUAGAAUAAAGCAGAGAGAGUGAGGCCUCACUGGAUAGAGAGACAGAGAGGGAGAGGGAAGUGGAUAGUGGGCCAUAGAGAGCAGUAAUCCAGUCCCAAAGCCCAGGGCGAUACUCCCCAUGCCUCAGUGAGCGCUGGCUAUUUCAACAACAUGCCAUCCCCCCCCCCCCCCCCCCCCCCCCCCCCCCCCCGCUGCACUGGACGGGACACACAGACACAGGCGCAUUGCGCUGCGAUUUGAGUUUCCCCUUUGUCACAUGCUGACAUUGAACUUUGGGGUUGUUGGGGCGAGAGUGUUCUCAGGGGAACUUAGCUGCUGUGCCAUCACACUGACUGGCUGAUUGGUUUCCCAGACAGGAUCCAUACUGGUCACCAGGCGCUUUGGAUUCAAACUCACUGUAGAAGAAAAGCUUUUAGCCUACAGUACCUACCGAAUACUAACUUCAAGUCAAAGUACUUGAUUUAGGCUAGGCCUUUUGCUUUUACAAUAUUGUAAUAUUAUUGGCUGGCUUAAAAAUAUGAACACACUUUAAUGAAGAAAUCAUUCUGAUUUGAUAAAACAGUGGCAUCCUUUCAACUUAUCAACAAUACAUUCCAAAGGUCUUCUUCAACUGUCUUAAUGUUUGAGUGAUAGAGUGAGAUCAGUGUUGACCAAUGAGUGACCUGACCUGGUUCUCAUGUGCCCUUUGUGUGUGAAAAGACUGUGUUGUGGAGAGAUAAAGGGAGAGGUCACAGCAGCUAGUCCAACAGAGCUGUCCUCCCUGCCUGCCCAUGGAAAGUACCUCACCACCGCUGUUUGCUCAGGCCUUGUGUGUGUACAUGUACGUGCACGCAUGAGUGUGUGUCUCUUUCCCUCCCACCCAUAUUGAGCCCAUUGACAUGCACUUUCCCCUAGGCUGCCAUGUUUCCAUAUGUUGAGCUGGCUCAGGGGGCUUGGACCCUUCACUCAACAUGGGGUCACCUGUCCUCCCACAGGGCAGCUUGGCUCUCUCUCGCUCUCUCUCCUCUCUCUCUUUCUCUCUCCAAUGUGUUCAUUCAAUUAUUAAACUGAGCUGCUAGUUUAAUGGCACACUGUGUGUGCAUGUUUAUGUGUGUUUCAGAACAGCAGAGACAGAUGUUAUUCUACUUAAUGAAACGCUAAAGGAGGAUGGGGAACAAGUUUACUGCAGAGCAGACCCUCUCUCUCACCCUCUCACCGUGUUAUGUUAAGCCCACAACUUUAAUGUUUCAUUGGGCCGGGUCACAGUGUUUGACCCAGAAAAUAGGGUAUUUUUUUCCCCAGCAGAGAAUCGCGUGCCUAGUGCAGGUGGCACUCGUAGCCCUCAUGUUUCAUGCCCCCACCUACACAGACGCAUGCACACAUUACCACCCCACUCCAACCUGAGUUUUAAAACGGCCCACUUUGACGUCCACCAUGUCUGAUGGAUGCGUGCUAUCUAUCUAUGGGUUUUAAUGACUGUGGCCACAGAGACAAUGCACAUCCACCCAGCUUCACCACUCAAUUUUUUCCCCUUUUAUUGUUUUUUCCCGCUGCCACCAAAGAUUAUUGAAUACUGUCUCAAAUUCCGUACAUUAGCCAACAUGAAGUGGCUCCAACAUUGAUUUAAUUGUGAGGAGGUCCUAGUACAGUGGAGUAGCCUACAGACACAUCUUAUCUGUGGCUUGCUGGGCGUCCCCCUCUGACUCAGGGUUAAAGCAGCUUUAAGUGGACCCCUGUGGUGCCCUGGCCUGGAGUAGCCUGGGGGAUGGGAGUGGUGUUAGCAUUAGCAUUAGCGUUAGCAGGGAGAUAAUUGAUUGGCCUGCUAGAUUAGCAUCCUAAGGUAAUGCUAAGGGAACCACACUGCUAACCUCCGCUAGCGGUCACUCCAGUCCAUAUGGAGCCCCUCUGUGACUUGACUGCUCACCUGGACAAGGCUAUAAUGUUCCCUGUGGUGGGGGCUACUCAAUAGGCAAAUACUGGAAUAGCCUCCAUGAGCAAAUUAGAUUGCUCAAGUUAACAUGAUGAGAUGCCAUAGAUGGAAAGUUAAAACAUUUGAUAUUACUCAAUGUUCUACUCUCCUUUGAGACUGUGAUCGUUCAGCCUAAUCUAUAUUUAUUUGAGAAUAUUGGGAUUGUUCAGUUGCAUAGCUAUAUCAGUGUAUAGCAUUUGCGGGAUUACAUUUUGUUUGUGUAUUAGAAUGUAAUCUUUUAGAAUAGAAUAUCCCUUAAUUGCCGCUGCACUCCCCUUAGUCUUAAUUCCACCCAAGCCCAUUGUUGAUCUGCUGUUCAAUCCUCAGUUGACUACCCAUCCCCUGCCACAAGAAAGACCCCCUUUAUCCCUCUCUACUGUACCACCAAGAGGGGAACCAUAACCCUAUCAAAGAAGGAGGGAUGAGUGAAGGAUAGGAAGCGAUCCCUCCCUGCCGAAUGGCAGUGCCCCUGUCAGCACCAUUCAAUACGGAUAAUGGAGCUGUUUAGUUUUUUUCUCUUCUUUUUUUAAUACGGAAGGGAAGUAGAGCGGAAUGCAUUUAGCCUGUAUGAGGUUCUGGCAUGUGAAAUCAGUGGAAAGAGUGAUGGAGGGAGAUGGAGAGAGACAGAUGGAGGGAGACAGGGUGAUGGAGGGAGACGGAGAUGGAGGAUGAGAGAGAGAAAGUCCUGGUUGUAAUAGAUUCUGUGUGUUUUUCCUUUUUCCUCUUGUUUUUUGUGUGUUUUUAUUUACAGCUGAUGGAUAUUUUGAGGCUCUACGGCAAACCGGGAGGAAUGAGGAGAGGGGGUCGGCGGAGGCUUCGGAUGAGUGUCAGCCUGAAAUUAAAGAGAGCUAUUCAUGCAAUUAUAGUAUGAGGCGGAAGGGGAAGGAAGGGGGGGGAGGGGUCCAAAGCGCUUUUCCAGGCAGGAUGGGAUGGGAUAGGGAGGGACUGGGUGAGGGAGGGAGGAAUGUGGCCUCAUUGGGCUCUCUGGGCCCCAGCUGGAAGUUUAUUAUGUCAGUGGUGCUCCAUGGCGGCACGCGAGGGUCCGGACUGUGACUGCCAGCCCGUAGGGGGGGGGGGGUUAAUCUCCGGAGCGAGGGGAAUAGUACACCUCCGUGAGCUCUACUGCGCCCGAUGGCACUUGAUCGUUUUGUCACUCUGUACCAUCCAUCCAACCACAUCCUCUUUCUUUCUCUCUCUUUCUCCAUCCUCCAUUGAUAAAGUGGCUAGUCUUCAUUUUUGUUGAUUGAGUGGUGAAACAAAAAGGGUCACCAAAAAUAGAAAUUUGGUUUGGGUGAAAUAGGUCGGUGAUCAGUGUGAUUUCAUUAAUCCAGGGCACGGGAAACGUUUUCUCCACUCAGACCGAACACUGAUCAAAGAUAUCCCAUCCACAUAAAUACAUUGACAAGCUUUAUUACAAGUAUCAUGGAAAUUGGUAUCAAAAUUAUAAUCUUAUUUCAUAUUAACCACUGAAUAUGAUUCCAAAACACACUGUUCAUAAUUACAUGUUCAGCAGAUCUGAUUAAGCAAUGAUUGACCUGUUCUACUAAGGGCCCAAAUCCUAUAAAUAUUAUACUCAGAUAAAGACUGCCAUUUUCUCUGAAAUAGGGCAAUAGGCUACCUUCCAAGAGUUUGUUUUGUGCAUGUGAUGUGUGUGGCACCUUGGCAUUAAGAGUUUAUGUUACUUUGUGUGGGUCCCCCCUCGGAUUAGAAGGUGGUUUCACCCCCAGUCCCACCACACCAACGCAGUACAGCAGCAACUGGCCAGACGUGCUCUCAUCAUCCAAAACAACAAUGACCUAGUUAUGAAUCCGCCAGAUUUUUUUUCCCUGAUUCCCCUGGUGCACUCAGUGUUUAGAGGCUCUAAGAGGCUAAACUGGCAGCGCUAGACUAUAAUUACCGGCCAUGCUAACAGAGGAACCAGUUUGAACCCUCCGUGUCCUCGUGUCUAUGGAGAAUACAGAGAGAUGGGGAGGCUCUGAGAAACUGUCCCCAAAAAACCCGGCCACUGGGAACCAUUUUGGUUCUGUGCCGUGUUGUCAGUGUUUUCUCUGCCAGUUGGACGUCUCUGAUGUCCGGCAUUAUACUAGUCGCUAAGUUCAAACAGAAUCCGCUCUGUUGUUUUGGUACCAAGUGGCUAACGUUCAAAAGACUCAGAUUUGUAUAUUUUUUUAAGCAGUUGGGGCAAUUUGUUUCCCCAAAUGGUGGGUCAGAACUUGGGACCAAGUCAGAGUUGUAGUUUGAGACUCAGCUGUGAUGAUUUGAUUAGUGGGUCACAAUGCUGAAACAUUUAACAACCACUGAGUUGGAGGGAAAACAAAGAGGAGAACAUGAUUUUCCUGACGCAGCCUUUAGUUAGUGCUCCAUGGGGUGUUCGUGGCUGACCAUAUGGAGCAGAGUGCUUUACCAGACCUCGACCUGGGCAGGAGGUCUCCCUCUGUUUAGGUUUAAUCCCACUCUGUUACUGUCAUAGACAUUAAAACCAGGUUACUGUGCCCAGCCCCUCCUCUGCCCUUGACUGACACCUGCUGGUCAGGCAGCGAAACUGCAGGGUUUUUCUCUCUUGCUCUCUCUCUCUCUCUCUCUCUCUCUCUUGCUCUCUCUCUCUCACUCUCUCUCUCUCUCUCUCUCUCUCCAGAAUGGCCAUAAGAGACCAUAACGGAAAAGCACAUUUCACCCUCAACUAGACAGUUAUAUGCUGUGUCUCAAUAGUUAAAUGGCCACUUUUCAACUUCAUAUUCAUCAUAAUAUGCCAUUUAGCAGACGCUUUUAUCCAAAGCGACUUACAGACAUGUGUGCAUACAUUUUUACGUAUGGGUGGUCCCGGGGAUCGAACCAACUACCCUGGCGUUACAAGCGCCAUGCUCUACCAAUUGAGCUACAGAGGACCACUCUAGCAUCUCCAUCAUCUCCAGCACCAAACCAGUGUUUACAUAUGUGAAAACAGCUUAGUGUCUGUGGUAAAAAAAAAAAUAAUGCUUCUGUGACAUCACAGAGUAGUAUUGAAAGUAAAAAAACAGUGAUUUUCAAAACCUGCAACAACUUUCUAGUCCAAGGGAGGAUAUUCUUCUUGCUCCCCACGUCACCGCGACUCUCAUAGUGUUUGAAAAGCACUGUUUUAAAAAUGUUUUAACUUUUGACUAUGAACUUUUUAACUUCAUAUAUAAUACGCCGUUUUCACCUAUGUUACAUUUACAUUUUAGUCAUUUAGCAGACGCUUUUAUCCAGAGCGACUUACAGUUAGUGAAUACAAUUUUUUAUUUUUUUAUUUUUUUUAUUUUUUUAUACUGGCCCCCCAUGGGAAUCGAACCCACAACCCUGGCGUUGCAAACGCCAUGCUCUAUCAACUGAGCUACAUCCCCAUGUUGACACUGGUAUUGCACUGGAGAUAAUGAAAAUGAGGUUGUAAAGUGGUGGAGUUGCCCUUUAAAUUACCUUCUCCUUGUUUUCUUUCUUCCAUGAUGGCUGAUCUGGCAGGACAUGAGGGGUGGAAGCAAUAUAGUAGAAUCCUAUUCACCUAUCAGUGUUAAUGAAGGAAAGGACAUUUAUUCUUUAAGUAUUGAGACAUGUUUAAUAUCACUCAAGGACAUUACCGUACACUCAGAAGUGUAUGCAUGGGCUCACUUUCUGACUCACCUGUCUGGAAGAUAUUGAAAAUAAUGAAUGGGGAGAGGUUGAGUUGGCUUUCUCUCUCAGCCUUCUACCCUUUGCAGACAGUACAUUGACUGGAGUAAUCACUGCUUUCGAUGGGGCCUCUCUCUCAGUGAAGGGUUUGGACGAUGGUUCGAUGAUGGAUCCUAUACUCGGAGAGGGAAGAUAAUGGGUAGACAGACAAACAGACAGACCGGAGACAACAGACAGACACCCAGGCUUAGCCACUGGACAGCCAAGGAGUGACACAACACUAACACAACAGAGAAAUAGAAUUACUAGUAAUUCCAUCAUGAGCACAGCACAACACCACACCACAGAGCAACGCAGCAUACUGCUACACCACCUGAUAAAAUAUAACCCAAAACCACACCACACACCGUGAGUUUAGACCCAUGUGACACACAUACAGCAGGCCUACAUGAAGCCUACCACUCAGCUGACUAAAGUCUGACGCCUCUCUGUUCUACCUCUGUUUUCAACCUGGCAUGUGGAAAGCGCUGUAUUUUCAGCCUUAAAACCAAAACAACUUCUGAAACUCCCUCCAUACCCAGACAGGACCCAAUUCAUGUUGGCCUGAAGGGAGCCCUUGUCUAUUUUUGAUAAGCCUCACUCUUUCAACACACUUUCUCGUGUCUCGCUUUCCAACCUAAUUGAGUGGCAGUCACUGCAGGUCAGGAGGAAAUGAAGUUAGUUUCAUGUGUCACGUAAGGUGUCGUGUAGAAAGGGGCACAGGGUGGUGUUUUUCUCUCCUGCUAGUUCCUCACAUCAUCAAGCCUAUCAAAGAGCUCCUGUGAGUACUAUGCAGUAGUAGAAAAAUUACCCAAUUGUAAUACUUGAGUAAAUGACUCAAGUGAAAGUCACCCAAAUACUACUUAAGUAAAAGUCUAAAAGUAUUUGGUUUUAAAUAUACUUAAGUAUCAAAAGUAAAUAUAAUUGCUAAAAUAUACAUAAGUAUCAAAAGUAAAAGUAUAAAUAAUUUCCAAUUCCUUAUAUUAAGCAAACCAGACGGCACCCUGUUUUAUUUUUUAUUUAAGGAUAGCCAGAGGCACACUCCAACACUCAGACAUCAUUUACAAAUGAAGCAUGUCUCUUUAGUGAGUCCACCAGAUCAGAGGCAGUCAGGAUAACCAGGGAUAAGUGUGUGAAUUGGACAAUUUUCCUGUCCUGCUAAGCAUUCAAAAUGUAACGAGUACUUUUGGGUGUCAGGGAAAAUGUAUGGAGUAAAAAGUACAUUAUUUUCUUUAGGAACGUAGUGAAGUAAAAGUAGUCAAAAAUAUAAAUAGUAAAGCAAAGUACAGAUACCCCAAAAAACUACUUAAGUAAUACUUUGAAGUAUUUUUACUUAAGUACUUUACACCACUGGUACUAUGAGAGAGAACACAAGAUUUUCAAAUAGUAUUGACUUUACAGUCUGUUGCUUGCCUGGUAUUUACUUAGCCACAUGAAAUGAUGUGCGCAAUGGUUACCUAAUAAUGACCUUUUAGAUUUGUUGGGAUUAGUUGAAGCAGUGCUUAGUAAGUACUAGCAAAUAUACAUUUAUAAGACAACAUUCUUUGUAAUAACCAUCGAAAUAGGACUGUAAAAUAGUGUUAUCCCUCAGUCACUAAGAACUGCCAGUGAUUUUUAAAAGGCGAGUCCUUUCCGUUCCAUGUCAUUUUGUUAUUUACUGUAUUGGAUAUUUUCAUAUUCACUUACUUGCAUACUGUGUUGUGAAAUAUUCAUAAUAUUACUCACAAAUCACAUGUAUGAUCAUGUGGUGAAUGAAACCGUGUCAAUAGUGGUAUUGUAGUGCACGAUCCAUAAUUGGUGUACUAUGUUUAGAGCCACAGCACUAUUUCUGCCAAUCCCUCUAGCGAGAUGGAGCCUUCCACACACCCCCUUGAUCUAGAUAGCUAGCUGUCUAUUGCCCAUCUCCCCAAGGGGGGAUACUGGAAUAGACUCAAGUUCAAGUCGUUUUGACAUCCCACCGGAGAAGUUUUGGAACAGAAUGCCAUUGCUUAAGCCACACACACAUAUCUGCCACCCCAAACACACACACGCACACGGCCCCUCCAAAGCCCACCCAAGAGGAUAUCCAUGACCUUGUCUGGUGAACUAGCAGGACUUAUCACUGUCUGUGGCUGGCUACAGAGGAAAACAGAUUCUUAAAAAGGGUCUCUCCUCAUUAACAGUGGCCAUAUAUCAUUAUAAAGGGCUGUCCAUGUCAACGUCAGGAGUGGAUCACUCAACAGCUAGCAUGGCCCAGGGCAAAAUCACCCAGCUGGUGGAAUAAUAGUAAAUACUCCACCUCAACUCUGGAAUGUCAAAUAGUUGUACUAACAGUACAGCUAAAGCCACUGUCCAGACCUAGCUGGAAGGCAGCAUACCCAUCACCACCAGACAGGAGAAACACAGUAAUCACAGUCAUCAAUCAUUCAGUGAUUGGUCAUUCAGGACCGGUUAUCCCAGACUCCCACAGAAUACAGCAAACCACUGGUCGAGGUUAAGAAAUUAUUGACAGUGACAGAGAAAGAGUAAUGAAAUGCAAAAUGCAAGGUUUGAAUGUUUGUACUUAUAAGGUGUGUGGUUUUACUUGUGGUCUGUGUGCAUCCAAUACUCACCAGCAUAUAGCCGACCUGCCAAAUCCGAAAAGCAAAGCAGCUUGUAAAAUACUACUAUUACGGUUUCAACUUGGUUGCAUGUUUGUAUGGAAAAGAUUAGAUCUUUAACCGGUCGGUCGGUGUGUGUGUGUCCACAGUGCAGCGGGAGGGGAGAUCUUUAACCAGUGUGUAGCGGAGAGGGACGAGGCCUUCAAAGAGGAGGACGUGAAGAGGUUGAUGAGACAGAUCCUAGAGGGAGUCUCUUUCCUCCACAGGAACAACAUGGUGCACCUGGACCUCAAGGUCAGUCCCUAACCCCUGUUAGACGCUUUACCAACGUUCUUGUUAUUUGCAUGUGAUUACAUAGUCCACCUAGUGGUUAAAAGGAUAGUGUGACAUUUUGAAAAACAAUUAUACUUACCCAGAGUCAAAUGAACUCGUGGAUACCAUUUUAUUUUUGUCUGCAUGCAGUUUGAAGGAAGUUGAAGGUAGUUUCUGGAGCCAUUGCUAACUAGCGAAAGGGCUUAAUUGCCAAAAUGUUGCCCUAUCCCUUUAAAGAUGGAAUCAAGCUUUAAUACCGUGGUUUAGACACAGGACCAAACCCACACGCAUGUUAGCCCCACUGGACUUCCUCUAAUGCUGCUGUGUUUCUCUGUCUUCCUCUCCAGCCCCAGAACAUUCUGCUGACCAGUGAUGCUCCUCUGGGGGACAUCAAGAUCGUGGACUUUGGUCUGUCCAGGAUGGUGAGCAGCAGUCAGGAGCUCAGGGAGAUCAUGGGGACCCCGGAGUAUGUGGGUAAGUAGUGCAGCAAACACAAAACCCCUGACAGACGCCAUUUUGUUAUGACCAUCAUGGUCACUGCACUCAUCAUGUCAAAAGUCUUUAAAGGGAUAGUUCACCCAAAUAAAAUAAAUACAAAUGUUUUGCAGCUCCAGAAAUCCUGAAUUACGAGCCGAUUAGCACAGCGACAGAUAUGUGGUAAGUGGCAUUUCACUGUACUUUAUCUUAGUGCAACAGUGUGUUGUAUGGUUUGUGAUUGAAUUAUCCAAUAGCUUAUUUGGGAAAGAGAGAUAUACAAUGGAAAACUUCACACAUGAAAGAAAACAGCAUCAUUCCCUAGAUGGGCAUUUAAAAUUAUUAUGAGUUUAUCUUACAGAGAAAAUCUUCAACUUAUUUCCAGUGGCUGUAUAUCCGUCUAACCGUUUGUCACUGUAUAUGGCUGACAGGAGUAUUGGUGUACUGGCCUACGUGAUGCUGACAGGCAUCUCUCCCUUCCUGGGAGAGGACAAGCAGGAGACCUUCCUCAACAUCUCCCAGAUCAACGUAAGCUACCAGGAGGAGGAGCUGGAGCAUGUAGACCAGGCCGCCAUCACCUUCAUCAAAGCCCUGCUCAUCAAAGAACCCCAGUGAGUAAUGUGGUCAUUUAGCAUGACUCUUUAAUCCACUAAAAAUGACAGUUAAAGACAUGUAUUCUAUACUGAACAUAAAUAUAAACGCAACAAUUUCAACGAUUUUACUGAGUUACAGUUCAUAGAAGGAAAUCAGUCAAUUAAAAUAAAUUCAUUAGACCCUAAUCUAUGGAUUUCACAUGACUGGGCAGGGGGGCAGCCAUGGGUGGGCAGCCAAUCAGAAUUCGUUUUUACCCACAAAAGGGCUUUAUUACAGACAGAAAUACUCCUCAACUGUCCAGGUGGCUGGUCUCAGACAAUCCCGCAGGUGAAGAAGACGGAUGUGGAGGUCCUAGGCUGGUGUGGUUACACGUGGUCUGCGGUUGUGAGGCCGGUUGGACGUACUGCGAAAUUCUCUAAAACGGCGUUGGAUGUGGCUUAUGGUAGAGAAAUGAACAUUAAAUUCUCUGGCAACAGCUCUGGUGGACAUCCCUGCAGUCAGCAGACAUCUGUGGCAUUGUGUUGUGUGACAAAACUGCACAUUUUAGAGUGGCCUUUUAUUGUCCCCAGCACAAGGUGCAGCUGUGUAAUGAUCAUGGUGUUUAACCAGCUUCUUGAUAUGCCACACCUGUCAGUUUGAUGGAUUAUCUUGGCAAAUGAGAAAUGCUCACUAACAGGGAUGUAAACAAAUUUGUGCUCAAAAUUAGAGAGAAAUAAGCUUUUUGUGCGUAUGGAAAAUCUCUGGGCUCUUUACACUUUACAUUUUUUCAUGUUGCGUUUAUAUUUUUGUUCAGUGUAUAUAUACAGUAUAGAAUAGGUCCCUUGGGCGAUCAAACCCACAGCCUUGGUGUUGCAUGUGCCAUGCUUGCUCAAACCCACCAAGCCAGCGGAGAAGGUGGAUAUGGUGGUAGAAGUUCCCAUUGAUUCCCUGGCAUUCUCCUUUUUCCCAACAGGAACCGUGCCACAGCAGAAGAGUGCCUGCAGCACCAGUGGCUCCAGACAAAAGAGAAAAAGGAGGCAGAGGCGACCGCAGAGGUGAAAGAGACUAUCAGCCCCACCAUGUGCCCCUCGGAGCCAGCCAGCCCUGAGAGCCCCAUCGGGGAAGAGGAGGAAGAAGGAGGUCCUGUGACAGAGGAGCUGAUCGUGGUGGCAGCCUACACACUGGGCCAGUGUCGCCAGUCAACAGACAAGGAGGUCAUAAAUCCCGACCAGAAGGCUAUCUCCAAGCGCUUCAAGUUCGAGGAGCCCUUUAGCGCCCUCCAAGAGGUUCCCGGGGAGUUCAUCUACUGAAGGACAUAUACACACACACACACACAC